AUGGCCGGCUGGAAGAUCGUUGUGUGUGUCCUCGGUUCUCUGGGGGGCCUCUUCAUCGCCACUGCCGUGGAUGCCCCGUGUAAGACUAUCCUGUCGCCGGGUGGCAUCCCGGUAGAUCAGUGUCUGGGGGACUACGUAUGUCAUAACGGAACGUGUGGUGAACGUUCUCAGACUGAUAAACUGGCCACCUGUCUACUGCCGAAAACGGAAUCUGUACAAACACAGUGCCCAGUUCGACUUCCUGGUCUGGAAAUAUCCCGGGACUUUUUAGUCGACCUGGUCAAUCAAGUUGUUACCGGAUUGAAUGACUCCCUCUGCAGCGGAGAGUACUGGAACAUCGGCUAUCACGUCACUGGUCAGCUGGACACUGGGGGGAAAUGCUCCCAGCGAUUCAACCGAGAGAUCGCCGGGUGCUCCCAGCAGUUCUUACAGAAGUUUCUCACAGGGAAUGCUUCAUCUGACGUUCUCUGUAGGGAAUACGGGAGGUCCUUACAGUGCAUCAAAGAGUGGAGGCGGACCGAAUGCUGUUUCACUCAGACUGAACUGGCCAUGCUGUCUCAUCUUCAUGAGUACAAUCCCUUCUGCCAAUGCCCCAACGUGACGUCAUCCGCCGUCGCCAUGGCAACCGAACGCCCGAACAACAUGGCCGCGACCGUCCCCUUCUCACAAAGAGGCCCUGCCUGUAACAAUGUUAACAUGCCGAAAUCUACCAACAUGCCGACAUCAUCAUCUAGCCGACUCCAUCUCUUCACACACUUGAUGAUUUUUAAUUUCGUGUUAAGCGCGGUGCGUUGGACAAACUGUGGCUAG